AGUGUGAGAUUCAUUGCAGCAGAAAGUUAAAGUGAAUUAACGAGUGAGAAGAAGGCAGGGUUGAUGUUGGGCAGUGAGACGAUGGGGGAGAGCGAGAAAGGAGAGCGAUGGAGCGGAGCGAUGACGAAUCUGACGGAGAUGGCCUCCAAUCUCGACUCUCUCCAGAAGCUUCUCCUCACCAAAGCCGUCUUCGUCGACGACGACACCUUCUCCAAAGCCUCCCUCGCCGCCGACCAAGCCCGCUCCAUCAAGCUCCUCCACCAACGAGUCCAAACCUUGGAGAGAGAGGUCGACGCUGCCAUCACCGCCGCCGCCCGCGCUCGCUCCGAGAAGCGCCAGGCCGAGGCCGCUCAGAAAUCCGCCGAAUCGCGCGCUCAACAACUCACCGCCGAACUCGAAAACACCACAAAGGUGUUUGAGUUGCACAUGGAAGAGCUGCGUGCGAAGCAAGAAGAGAUCGAGAAGCGUGACGAGGACAUUAAACUUCUGGAAGCUAUAAUUCGAACGCUUGGAGGAAAGGAAUCGCUCUCUACGUCUCAGUAGAAAGAAGUCUUUGUUUUGAAGUGUGGUUAAAUAUUUAAUACCCUAACCAUUCACCUCUUUUCUUACUUUGUAAAUUGAAUUAUACGCUAGUGAGUGAAAGAUUCUUAUCUUAAGACUGUAACAAAUCUUGUUUUUUUUCCUAUAUGAAUGUUAAUAGGAGUAAUUUUUUUUUUACAUGAUUAAUUUCUCUGGUGAUUCACUUGUGCCAAAUGAAGAUAAUGUGGGAAGUGCGA